GGUGGCCUCGACGCCGACACACCUGACCAAAUAGGCACAGCACUGAUCCUUUUGAUUCGUGAGGAGGAGCCAGCUGAGUGCUCGAUGCUCGAUCGCGCCCGUCUCGAUGCCGUCGAAAUCACGCAGUCGUGGUGUUCCGCCGCCGGAGACGGAGACUCACAGCGACCACAUCGAGAACCUCGUCGACUGGUCGCAAGCCACUGCGGGAGAUACGCUACCGGCCAGCAACGAUUGGGCGCCCAAUAGUAACAAUAACAUGAACGUCAGCAACAAUCACAACGGCAACAAUAAUGACAACAACAAUAUCACACCCGCUAAUAUCAGGUCCAACGUGAGUCUCUUGCAGACCGCUACUGUUCGGGCUGUUACGCCUGAGCCUGGCGAGAACGGCCGCGCCACGGACACCAGCUUUACCCAAGUCGCUCGGGGCUUCGGCGCUGCCUCACCCCAGCAGAGCUCCCCCAGAUCCAUACCCGGUGGGGAAGCGAGACGACAAGGCAUAGUGUUUAACGAUGCCUGUAACGACUCCCUCGAUAAUAACAACACCUCCACAAGCCCACCGCCCCAGCACCAGAAGGCUCCUCUUAGACCGCGCACGCACACCGUCGAUGGCGCGCUAGCGCUACGUCAACAGAACACCUCGCCAGUUGUCGACAGCAACCGGCACAGGGUCGGAUCCUUUUCAUCCUCGGGUUCCCAGCCGUUCGCAGACGUCGAUAUCCGUCCCCCACCAACAGUCCUGGAAUCAGUAGGCUAUCCGUCCGUCGCAUCACCGAGACCCCCCGAUCUGAAAAUCUCCUCUUCGUCGAGCAAGGAGAAGAAAUCCUCCAACCGACGCCUUAUUAAACGUGCAAACCCCCGUCCGACCUCGCCUCUGGUAUCUCCACCGCCUUCUGUGGACUCGUUGCCCCUUCCGGUACCUACGGACGAUGCGAACAAGAUCCUCCUGCUCAUGAAGACGUUGUGCGGCCGGAUGAAGGGCGAAAUCGAAUACCAAGGUGAGCCAAAUGGUCCCUGGCAUACCGGCACCUGCUAUAUCGACGAAGACCGAGGCAGCUUGGUGUUCGACUCAGCUCAGAAUGGGCCGUACCACACUCCGCUCGUGGCGGAUCUUCGCGGGUGCAGGGUCCUGCCGGUGGAUGGCCUGGACGGCAGAGGAAAGUGCCUAGAAAUCCACAACCAUAAAAUAGGCGUCGACCUUCUGCUGCGACCUAUCCCAGCCGAGGAAUUUGACCUGUGGCUCGCUAGCUUGCUCUGCUGGCAACAGCUGCGUCCCAGCGCGGUGAGAUUCGCCAACGGAAGAAGUGCCAAUCCACCCGGCUCGAACAGGACGGAGAUGCGGAGGCGAGGAUCUUCGGCCGCCGCCGGUUCGUCCUCGAAGGAUGCGGCCAUUAUCAAGGUUGGCAAGGUGAAGCUAUGGGACAAAGGCGUCGCUACGUCGCCGCGCGCCAUCGUCAAGCGCCCCUCCACGCGGUAUCUCCGCUCGGGACAGACGUCGUGGCGGGAGGUGUCGUGCAUCCUGCAGGAUAACGGCGAAUUCAAAUUGAUGUCCGAGAGCGACGUGACGGUGCUCUCCGUCAUCGAGCUGUCCCAGCUCUCCCGCUGUGCCGUGCAGCAGCUCGAUAGAUCUGUCUUGGACAGAGAAUUCUGCAUCGCCAUCUUCCCGAUCUACACCUCCACGUCGAAGCAGCUCUCGAUAUUCCGCCCCGUGUUCCUUUCCCUAAACUCGAGAGUUCUCUUCGAGGUUUGGUUCGUCCUCCUGCGAGCCUUCGCCGUCCCGGACCUGUUCGGGAUCGAGGCGUCGGGAGGCCAGGUAACCGAGGUACGAGACUUCGAGAGGGAGUUCGAAGGGCAACUCUUCCGUCUCGAGAAGACCAUACAGGUGAGGGUCACGGAGGCCAAAAUAUGCAAGCCGACCCCGUUGCCGGAGCACCAUCACGACCGACACGCCAAGGACCGCGAUGCCCUCGCCGGCAAUUACCUCGCCGAAGUUAUCUUAGACGGCGAGGUCCGGUCGAGAACCACGACGCAGCCAAACACGAAGAAUCCGUUCUGGCGAGAGUCCUCCCAGUUCACCGAAUUGCCCACCACGUUGCCGUACCUCUCGAUCAUCCUAAAGCGAGUCGAGAGCAACCCGGAAAGUUUCAGCCACCAGCUUCAAGCCUCCUUGGGCCUCCCCAGGACCGGAAACUUCGCCGAGGCUCUAUGUGGGUCCGUGGAUAUAUCCUUGGACAAGUUGGAGCGGGCAAAGGAUCACGAGCAGUGGUUCCAGGUCUACGAUGAGAACCAGGAGUCGAUCGGAAACAUGCUCGUCAAGAUAAACCACGACGAGCUGAUCGUUCUCGCGGCGAAAGAUUACGAGCGGCUCUCGGAGCUCCUCCACAAGUUCAGCGUCGGGCUGACGAGUCAGAUCGCAGUCGCGAUACCUACCUCUAUGCGACGACUUGCCGAGUUGUUUCUCAACAUUUUUCAGGUGUCGGGAAGCUCCGGCCAAUGGCUCAUGGCCCUCGUCGAGGAAGAGAUUGACGGGAUCAGCAGUCAGAAUAGUAUGAAGAGGGUGCGCUUCAGCCGCCGGUUGAAGUCAAACGACUCUGGAACCUCUUCGAACGAGAGGGAUCAGCUCUUCCGCGACGUCAAGUCCCUAGCCGGAGAGGCAAAUCUCCUAUUCCGCGGAAAUACUUUGCUCACGCAGGCCUUAGAAUUUCAUAUGCGGCGCCUCGGGAAGGAGUACCUCGAGGAUAUCCUGAAGGACAAGAUCAACGAGAUCAACGAUCUCAACCCGGACUGCGAGGUUGAUCCGAGCAGGGUUCAGCACGGCGACAACAUACAGCAACACUGGGACCAGCUGAUCGCCCUGACGAGCGACGUAUGGGAAUGCAUCGCCGAUUCGGCGACCAAACUCCCGCUCGAGCUCCGGCAGAUUCUCAAAUACGUCCGAGCCGUCGCGGAAGAUCGCUACGGCGACUUUCUCCGCACCGUGAAUUACACAAGCGUCUCGGGAUUCCUGUUCCUUCGUUUCAUCUGUCCGGCCAUCCUCAACCCGAAACUGUUCGGGCUCCUGCGGGACAAUCCGCGGCAUCGGGCCCAACGGACGCUAACUCUCAUCGCGAAAGGCCUCCAGGCCCUCGCAAACCUGUCGACCUUUGGCAAGAAGGAGAGUUGGAUGGAGCAGAUGAACAAGUUUCUAAGCAGCCACCGACAACCUUUCCGGGAUUACAUUGACCAGAUGUGUUCGAUACCGACUGAUACCAAAGCUUCCGCUCUUCCCGCCUCAUAUUCGACUCCCAUCACCAUCAUGGGCCGCUUAUCCCCAGCGUCUCGAGAAGGAUUCCCCUCGCUGCCGUACCUCAUCGACCACCCGAGGAAUUUCGCGGCCUUGGUUAAACUUUGGCUUGAGUCCAAUCACAAGGCGACAUAUAUGGACCCCGCCGACUUCGAUGCCGAACUAGCAGAAUUCCACGCCCUCUGCUUGGAGGUUCAGAGGCGCUCCGACGAAUGCCUAGCCAGGGUCGAAGCCCUCCGCGCAGAGAACGAAUCGGGGGUGGAGGACCUCGCCGAGAACUUUGAGAAAUCAUCUUUUAUAGAUUCGGUCAAUACUGCAUACUCUAACAUGACAUCGUGGACCGACAACGACCCCUACCGGCCGCCAGGUUCAUCCGGCAGUGACAUGGAUGGCGGAGAUCGACCAGCGUACCGUAAUUUCGGUCGAGAAGGCAACCGUCACGGGUCAGACAACCCGUUCGAGGUGAUACGGGCAAAAGCCGGAAACGUAAAGAGCCCUCGGAGUUUCCUCCACGGUCUGAUCGGCGGCAAGAAAGCGAGAGAAGCAAAGGAAGGGAGGGAAUCGGGCGGCUCGGGGUCGACCGUCCGAGACAAGAGCAGGGACAAGGAGGAGAAGGAGAAAGGCAGUAGGGGUAUCCUGGGGACCUUCUCGGAAUCUCGGCAGGGUGAAUCGAACUCGAGGCACUAGUUAUGCACCCCCCAUACCCACCUGAGCUCGCCCGCGAAGUCGCGGACUAGACUUAUCAGGAGAUCGGGCAGACCCAGGCCUGCCUAACGACAUGGUCGCUCACUCGAGAACCAGAGGUGCAAAUUGAAGGGCACGUCUAGGCCGAGGUGAGGGAAAAAAUCAUUUAAGCAAUACCCCCUUUGAGUUUCGUUUUUAUCUCAUUUCUUGUCCUCGUUUUUGCAUCGUCACAUGAACAUAGAGUUAUAGACCGUGGGGGGGGUGGGUAUGAGGGCGGCACCUCUCACUAAAAAAGAGGACAUGUGAAUCCCGGGUUCGGGCAGAGGCUUAUUCUUG